GUCAGCUCCAGGUGUGUCAGUGGCAGUUCAGUACAAUGACACCAGCAGACUCUGCUUUUGCAGGAAGAGUUUGUCAUUCAGUCCUGAGCAGGAGAACAAUUCCCCAAAUCCCUGUCUAGCCACACUGCUUACCAACGUAUUGUGUGAGUUACAGUGGAAAAUGCAGAUAUUGUUCCCUCCUUUUGUGCCUUUGCGCAUGAAUGGAGACGAAGAGGAAUUUGUUCAUACCACACUAGCCAAGGGAACCAUAGACAGGCAGGGGGAAGUAAACUGCACCUUUAUUAUGUUUUCUCUGGACCAAGACAGGAGAAUGGAAUGGUACUGUGACUGAGACACAUUUCUUUGCCAGCGUGUCUCCUGGGAUGGUACAAUGGCAUAUCGUUCCACAUGCAGCACUCAGCCUACAGACGGGGAAGCUAGCCUUUGGCAGGGAUGGUCAUUAAGUAAGACAAUCUCAGAAUCAAUCACAGAAUGGUGUGGCUGGAAAGGACCUUUAAAGACCAUCUAGUUCCAACCCCUCUACCUCCCUUGAGAGAUAUGAGAAGAGUGAUUACCAGUGAAAACAGGGAAUGAGGGAAGAAUUGACCAAACAUUCCCUAAGCAAGAAGACGAAAACUUGGAUAAUGGGGAACACAAUUUCUGCAUAACGGGUUAGUGAAAAAUUUACAGUUUGCUGAUACAGAAUCAGAGGAAAUGUAACCUCAAGACCCAUUAGAGGUAAUUUAAUCAGGGAAAAAUUAAGACCUGUGCACCAAUGUCAAAUGAAUAGCAGGAAGAAAAGGUAGAGCAAAUUAAGAAAAGAAAAGGACGCAAUAUCUGAAACACAUGUUAAUAUGAAGCUGAGGACCUUACAGACAUGUUUAAAAAAGAAAAAAAAGGGGGUGGGGAAUGGGAAGAAAUGCUGAUUUCGAAAUGACAAACGGAGGUGCGUGGAGGCAUGACAGGCCUCUGUGAAGACAGAGGUCAGUCCUCGAAGCCCCCGAGAAACAACUGUACCAAGGGGAAGGCGAAAGGGGAUGUGCUGCUGGGAUGGUGAGUGCUCUGAGGGUACAAGAACUGCGGUGACAUCACUGAGCAACAGGCUGUGAUGCCACUGAGCUUUGGGCGCUGGCAGGGCCUGGCCCAGUCACUCUCGUGCCUGGACUCCUGCCGAGCGGGUGUGCGAGGCUUGGAGGUGCAACGAGGAUUUGACUUGUGUGUUGGGCUGUGCUUUGGGUACUGCGGGCAGCUGCUCUCAGUGCCCAUCUCUACAGCCAUCACCUGAAAUCCCCUGGCCUGCCUGGCUCAGGCAGCUGGGGCCCCACGGAGUGCACGUGCAGCAGCACAGUGCAUAACUUUCACCAGUGAGGCGCUGGUGAGGGAGAGCGACUCAUCUUCACUCCCCAUCAGGCCUCAACGUGAAGACCAUGGCAGCAGAGGAGGCGUGGACAUGUCCCAUCUGCCGUGACGUGCAAAAGGACAUUGCCUACGCAGUACCGUGCCGUCACGAGUUCUGCCUCGGCUGCAUCCUGCGGUGGGCCAAGCAGACAGAGACCUGCCCGCUCUGCAGGAGGACAAUGGCAGUCAUUAAGGUUGCUGCGUGGGACGACGACAGCGACCUGGACUUCAUCAUCCGUCCCCCAGCACCACCAGUACCUGCCUGCUUCCAGGCAGGCAUCGCUUCCAUCCACAGCCCCCACCGCCACGCACCGUCCCCUCCACCCUUUCUGCUGCUAACAGAGGAGGAGGAGGAGGCUGUGGAGGCAGAACAGGGGCGUACGGUGGGCGGUCUCCUGCUGGAGGUCUGGGCAGCCCUGUUCAGGCAGCACCGGGAGAUCCUUGACCCUGUGCUGCCAUGGCUGCGCCAGGAGCUGCGAGUCAUCUUUGGGACUCAGUGGUGGGAGGCAAUGGCUGCCGAGAACCUCAUCCUGAAUGCCCUGUGUGACAUCGGGCUGGACAGCGAGGCCCUGAUCCAGCUGCUGCGGCCUGCCCUCGGGCACAGAGCGGAGAUGCUCAUCCAGGGACUUGUGGACACCAUCGUGAGCCGGUGGGGCGAGGAGGCCCACGGGCAGCUGGGCCUCCAGGGCGUCCACGUGUCCGGAGGGCAGGAGGAGGGUCCUGCAGCCAGGGGGCAGGAGGACAGCUCCGUAACCACCCCUGGCCCCACAGCCUCCCCACAAGGGACCCUCGCAUCAACGCCCGGACCCAACGGCAGCGCCGCAAGUCCCAACAGGGAGGAGCAGCCCAGCACACCAGAGGCUGUCCUUCCUGAGGAUCCCAGUCACCCCCAUUCAAACCACAUCCUGAGGGAACAUGAGGAGCCCCACGAGGAGACAGAGCAGGCGGCAGCAGCAGGUCCCUCUGCCCAGGGCAGCAGCCCCUCCGCCCUGGCCUGUGAGGGCCCGGCGGCCCCGUAAGAGGAGGGCUGGCACUGACCUGGACCCACAGCAGCCCUGCAAGAAGCCGCCCCCUCGGAAGCACUAGCAGGGAUUACACUUCCUUUUAAUUAAAAUGUUAGUAUUAAUA